AGGGGUGUGAGAUUGACAGACAGAUCCCACCGAAAUAAAUUACUAACAAAUUCACCACAUCCCAUCUUCAUAAAACCCACAGAAUUCACCAUCUUUUUUUUUGUUGCUGAUAUAUUUUUAUUAUAAUUUCAGCUGUAAUUGCUGCAGAGAGAAGAGAGGUGACUCCUCUUUUUUCUUUUUUUAGUUCUUUCAGAAAAGAAAGAAAGAUGCUUGGUGUCUCCUCAGGUUUAAUGUCUACUACUUCAGGUGGUGGAGGUACGGCCAAUAUUUCAGCACCACCACCGCAAGAAGCUCCGGAAAGUGGCGGAAGUAGUGAAGGUGGCGGUGGCGGUGGCGGUGAUGUGGCAGCUGCAGGUGGCUUUAGUGAAGAAGGAGAAAGAAAUUCAGGUGGAAACCGAUGGCCAAGACAAGAAACUUUAGCUUUACUAAGAAUUAGGUCGGAGAUGGAUGUUGUUUUCAGGGAUUCAAGUCUUAAAGGACCCUUGUGGGAAGAAGUUUCCAGGAAAUUGGCGGAUCUUGGUUAUCAUAGAAGUGCCAAGAAAUGUAAAGAGAAAUUCGAGAACGUUUACAAGUAUCACAGGAGAACUAAAGAUGGCCGUGCUUCUAAAGCAGAUGGCAAAACCUAUCGCUUCUUUGAUCAGUUAGCCGCUUUUGAAAACAGUCCAUCUCAUAAUUCUUUACCACCACCUCCAUUGGCAGCUACUCCACUAACAAUGGCAAUGCCAAUGCGAACAAAUUCUUCAACAAAUCUUCCAAUUCCAAUGUCACAAACUACGGCUCCACCAACACAAAACACAUUCACUGUUUCUCAAAAUAACGUUGUGACAGCAGCAGCAGCACCGACUGUUAAUCAUCCCUUGAACGUGCCCUCACUGCCACUGUCACAGCCACCACCACUACCAUCAACGCAGCCGAUAAUUACUACAGUGAACCAAAUAAAUCGGCCUCAAGGUAACACCAGCAGCUUGCUGUCAAAUUCCACAUCUUCUUCAUCGACGUCAUCAGAUGAGGAUAUACAAAAGCAGCAUGGGAAGAAGAGAAAAUGGAAGGAUUUCUUCGAGAGGUUGACGAAGGAUGUGAUUGAAAAGCAAGAGGAGUUGCAAAAGAAGUUCUUGGAAACACUUGAGAAGCGGGAGAGGGAAAGGAUGGUGAGAGAGGAGACUUGGAGAUUACAAGAGAUGACCAGAAUGAAUCGAGAACAUGAUCUUUUAGUCCAAGAAAGAUCAAUGGCAGCCGCCAAAGAUGCAACAAUCAUUGCGUUCUUGCAAAAAAUAACCGAACAGAAAAACACACCAAUCCCGAAUAUUACUAAUGAUUCUCUAGCUCAAAUACAAUUUCAAUUGUCCGAAAAGUCCCCGAGUGUGCCACCACAUUCUCAGCCACAAAAACAAACACAACAACUAGCAGCACCAGCAACAGCGCCAGUACCAGCACCAGCACCAACUAUUGCGGUAUCAAUACCGAUGACAAUACAUGCCCAAGUACAAACACAGGCACCGUCAUUACCAGUGGUCAAAACCUUUGAAGCUCCAAAACCUGAUAAUGGUGGCGAGAAUUUUAGUCCAGCAAGCUCUUCAAGAUGGCCAAAAGAAGAAAUUGAAGCUUUGAUUAGGCUGAGGACUAGCCUGGAUCUAAAGUACCAAGAUAAUGGACCAAAAGGGCCACUGUGGGAGGAAAUUUCAGCUGGAAUGCGAAAACUUGGAUACAACAGAAAUGCCAAGAGAUGCAAAGAGAAAUGGGAGAACAUCAACAAGUACUUCAAGAAGGUUAAGGAAAGCAACAAGAAAAGACCAGAAGAUUCCAAAACUUGCCCAUAUUUCCACCAGCUGGAGGCAUUGUACAAGGAAAAAGCCAAGAACGAAGUUGUACCAAAUACUGGCACCGGGUUUGGAUUAAAACCCGAAAAUAAUAACACAAUGGUUCCCAUUAUGGCUGAACCGGAGCAACAAUGGCCAUUUCCUUCAAAUCAACCACAGCAACAAGGAAUGAGUAAUAUUAUUCAAGAUCACGAUAAUGAAAGUGACAGCAUGGAAGAAGAUGAUUACGACGAUGAUGAAGAUGAAGGAAAUGCUUAUGAGAUAGUGACAAACAAACAACCAUCAUCAAUGGCGGCUGCCACGGCCACUGCUGCUGCUGCUGCUACUACUGCAGUUUGAAUAAUUACGAAAACAAGAAAGGAUAUCAAAUAGAGAGAGAGAAAAAAGAAGCAGUAGCAUUAAGGAGUUAAAAAAAUGUUGGCAAAGUGACUGUGCAUUGGGAAUGGUAAGUGGGUCAACAGAUUUUGCAGAAAUUUGUCGUAUUCAGAAAUUGCUGUUGGCGAGAGAAGACGGUGGCUGCAGUGAAAAUAUACAUUUGGGGUAAAACCCCAAAUGAAAAGGAAGGCAUGUAAUUUACACAUUUGGGGUUUUAAUUUCAUUUUUUUUUACUUUUGGUUGGUAAGGGGUAUAGUGUUAAGAGUUUUUUUUUUCUUUUUCUUUUGUGGUACAAGUUUAUUUUCACUUUCAUUAUUUAUUUAUUAUUUGAAAAAUAAAGUUUAUUGAGGGAUGGGUGGAAAGAGAAGAGAGACAUAAAGGAAUAAAUGCAGGGAUAAUGUUUGUACUUUUUUUUCUUUCUUGUUUUGUUCAUGGGGUGUAAAUGUGAGAAAAUGGUUACUACAUUUAUAAUUUU